AUGCAAUUCAAGUCUCUUGUCGCUUCUGCCCUUCUUUCCGGCUGCGUCGUCUCCGCUGAGGACGUCAACUCUUCGUCCUGGACCACUUUGACGCCAACCAAGACUAUUGCUGGUGGUUUCACCGACUACGUCAGUUCUUUCGGUAUCGCCGUCAAGGCUGUCACCGGCUCUUCUGCUUCCGUCACUGCCACUGCUUCUGGCAAGGCCAAGAGAGACGCUAUCUCUCAAAUUAGCGACGGCCAGAUCCAAGCUACUUCUACCGCUUCUCAAACCCAGGCUACUUCUACCUCUUCUCAAAUCCAUGCUACUUCUACCGUUUCUCAGAUCAGCGACGGCCAGGUCCAGGCUACUUCUGCCACUGCCUCUGAAGUCGUGUCAUCUGAAGCUUCGGAAAGCCUAAUUCCUGCUUCCUCUUCUGCUUCCAUGCACGAAACCACUACUCUGUCGUCCAACUCGACUUCUGCGUCAGCAUCCAGCAUCCCAGAUACCGAUAUCAAGGUCAUGUCCUGCAAAAACGAUGGCACCUUGGAGAUGAGCUUGCAUGGUAGUAUCCUAAAGGAUGCCAAGGGCAGAAUCGGUUCUAUCGUCGCCAACAGACAAUUCCAGUUCGACGGUCCUCCUCCACAAGCUGGUGCCAUCUACGCUGCCGGCUGGUCUAUCACCGAAAAUGGUAAUCUAGCCGUUGGUGAAACUGAAGUUUUCUACCAAUGUUUGUCCGGUACCUUCUACAACCUGUACGAUGAGUCCAUUGGCGCCCAAUGUUCUCCAGUUCAUUUGGAAAUCGUCAAGCUCGUUGACUGCUAA